GAGCGCUUGCCCACGUUCACGGCCCUGCUGGCAUGACAACGUCCAUUCGGCCUUCGGGGCGCUGCGGCGACUCCGCCCUGCACGGGGCGGCGUGGACCCUGAGGUGUUCGCUGCGUUUCUUCGUCUCCUCACCGUCCCACUGCCUGGCCGAAUCUCAGAGGACCUUUCACAAGAGUUCAACGUGGCGGCGGCAG